AUGCCCUUAGACACAGAAACGAGCGCGCUCAACAUUCCCGUUGAAACGAAGUCAGGGAAAGGCGAUGCUGUUGACUGGAAUGGGCCUGACGACCCGGCAAACACCCAGAACUGGAAGAAGGGACUCAAGCUGCGGCAUGUGCUCCUUGUUAGCGCCUUCACUCUGUACUCAAAUCUUGCCGCAGUCAUGUUCGCCCCCGGGGCUGCAGAGCUCGUCGAGGACUUCCACGUCACCAGCCCUAUCGUCGCCUCGUUCUCUGUAUCCAUAUACCUUCUGGGCUACGUGUUUGGCCCUUUUCUCCUUCCCUCCAUGUCCGAAAUAUACGGCCGUUUGAUCAUCUACCAUCUCAGCAACGUGGGCUAUCUCGCAUUCACAAUUGGCUGCGCAUUAAGCAAAGAUACGGCCAUGUUUCUGGUAUUUUGCUUCAUAUGUGGCUGUGCCGCCUCCGCUCCGAUGGUGGUUGGGGGAGGGACCAUUGCAGAUCUUUAUCCAGCCAGCUUCCGUGGUAAAGCGAUGGCUUUAUUCGGUCUCGGUCCGCUUCUUGGUCCAGUCAUUGGUCCAGUGAUAGGCGGCUUCGUUACUGAGUACCUCGGAUGGCGGUGGACAUUUUGGUUGAUCUUAAUCCUGGCAGGAGUCAUCUCCAUAUUUGCCCUUGUCUUCAUGCGGGAGACUUUCGAACCCACUCUCCUCGAGCGCAAGGCGUGUGCUAUGCGCAAAUCCACGGGCAACAGUCAUCUGCGGGCUCGAACCUACACCAAAGACUGUACACCAUCCCAGAUCCUAGCACGCGCCGCAGUACGACCCCUCAAGAUGCUCCUGUCACCCAUCGUCCUUCCGCUCUCUCUCUACUGCGCCUUUAUGUUCGGCCUUAUCUACCUCCUGUUCACUACUUUCCCUGCCGUGUUCAAAACAACGUACCAUUUCGCCACCGAUAUCUCUGGCCUUGCAUAUCUAGGUCUCGGUGUGGGCAUGAUCAUCAGCAUUGGGUUAUUUGCCGUUCUCAGCGACAAGCUACUCAAGCAGCCGCGCGAGGGAACUAUUGAGCGGCCAGAGCUACGUCUUAUCCUUAUGAUUUGGUCAUCGCCCAUUGUUCCCAUCGGCUUUUUCUGGUACGGAUGGAGCGCCGACAAAGUUACCUAUUGGAUUGUCCCAAUCCUGGGCACCAUGUUCAUUGGCCUCGGUGCCUUUCUGGUCCUCAUGCCUGCCCAGCUGUACCUUGUUGAUGCAUUUGGCUCCGAGGCGGCCGCAUCUGCCCUAGCCACGAAUACUGUUUUGCGCAGUCUGUUUGGUGCUUUGCUGCCACUUGCAGGACCGCCCAUGUAUGGCUGUCUGGGUCUUGGUUGGGGAAACAGCCUCUUGGCUUUUAUCGGCUUAGCAUUUGCUCCUCUUCCGUUCCUCUUUUACAAAUACGGCGAGACCCUGAGAUCCAAAUUUCCUAUCACUUUCUGA